AUGUCCGGCGGCGACCUGCGCAGCCUGGCGGCGGUCUCGGCCACGGUGACCGCGGCCAUGUGCUACGUCCGUUUCGCGGCCGGGCGCCUCCGCCCGGGCCUGCCCCGCCUCGCCGCGUUCCUCCCGGUGCUCGCCGUCCUCCCGUUCCUCCCCUUCGCCUUCAGCGCCAUCCACCCGCGCGCCAUCUCUGGGUUCUUCCUCGCCUGGCUCGCCGAGUUCAAGCUCCUCCGCCUCGCCGCCGGCAAGGGGCCCCUCCACCCGUCCCUCCCGUUCCCCGCAUUCGUCGCCGUCGCCUCCGGCCCGGAGGCGAUGAACCAGUACGUCCUGCUCACCCUCUACGCGUUCCACGUGUACCUGGCCCUGGAGCUGGUCCUGGCGUCGGCGGCCGCGGCGGCGCGCGCGCUGCUGGGCAUGGAUCUGGAGCCGCAGUUCGACCGGCCGUACCUGUCGGCGUCGCUGCGGGACUUCUGGGGCCGGCGCUGGAACCUCUCUGUCCCCGCCGUGCUCCGGCCGUGCGUGCACCGCCCCGUGCGCGCGCGCCUGGGCACCGCCGCGGGGGUGCUGGCGACGUUCCUGGUGUCCGGGCUGGUGCACGAGCUCAUGUUCUACUACAUCACGCUGCGGCCGCCCACCGGGGAGGCGACGGCCUUCUUCACGCUGCACGGCGCGUGCGCGGUGGCGGAGGCGUGGUGGGCGAGGCACGACGCGUGGAGAGCGGUAUUCCUGGCCAUCCAGGGACAGCUCGCCCUCUUCGGUGUUCUCCGCCUUGCGAGCCGUGUUCUGGUGAUCCUCCCGGUGCGCGGGGUGGGGCCAGCUCUGCCUUCUGUCGUGUUUUUUCUCGUCCUCGGCAGCCAACUCCACGCCAUGUUCCAGCUCCCUCUCAAUCAGGCUGAGGGUGGUCAUGCCCAUGACGCGAUGAGUCAGGGCCAGGAGGACCACGUGAAGGCACCAAAACUUGGCUUGCGUCAGGGGCUCAGGGCAUUGGCGGGAGAUGCUGGCGGCGAUGGCGGUGGAACCGGCGCGGAUGGGAGGUUGCUGGAGGGGCCGGCUGGCGGGCAGCUUCCGGAGGUCGUCGUGAAGAAGCAGAGGUGA